GAGGAGGACGAUUUUAAAAGGUGCACAACAACAGCGCUCCACUUCCGGUCUCUUUAGGUAAUCAAAACAAACAUGGCGACUUCCAGACAGGUCGGCAGUUUGCUGGCUAGUUGGGCGAGACUUCUUCGUCCUGGACCACAGAGCCGUGGUUUUCAAUGGCUUUCACACGACACAGUAGUCAAGAGCAGAUGGCCUCAAAACCCCCACUGGUUUGUCCCUGGAAGGGGUAUGUUUGUGCAGACACAGGACACGCCAAACCCAAACAGCCUCAAGUUUCUGCCCGGACGUGUAAUUCUUGAAUCUGGGACUAUGAAUUUUGCUGGGCCACGUGAAGCUUACACAUCACCCUUAGCCAGACAGCUAUUUAGGAUUGAUGGCGUCAAGAGUGUCUUCCUGGGUCCCGACUUUAUCACCAUAACCAAGGCUGAUGAAAAUCUGGCAUGGAAGGUAAUCAAACCCGAUGUAUUCGCUGCCAUUAUGGACUUUUUCACCUCUGGGCUUCCUGUCGUCAAUGAAGAUGCCAAACCUAGUGAAGAUACUGCACCAUCUGAUGAGGAUGAUGAGGUAGUUGCAAUGAUCAAAGAACUUCUGGACACUCGAAUAAGACCCACUGUGCAGGAGGACGGGGGAGAUGUUGUGUAUCGAGGGUUUGACGAUGGUGUGGUUAAACUGAAGCUGCAGGGAUCCUGCACCAGUUGUCCCAGCUCUAUUAUUACAUUGAAGAAUGGAAUCCAAAACAUGCUGCAGUUUUACGUCCCUGAGGUUGAAUCCGUUGAGCAGGUGAAGGACGAAGAGGAGGAGCAGGCUGCUCAAGCUUGACUGACGUUCAACAAGGACAACUUGAGCACAUUCCUCCCUGCAUUGGCCUAUAACAAGCACCCAUGUUGCUCAUGGGGGUAUUCAUCAUCCAUUUUUAUUAUUGAUAUAUCAUCCGACAUGAUACAUGUCUCCAUUUCAUCACCUUCAUAUUAGUUAUUAUUAAUAUUUCAGGACAGGAAUUUAUC